AUGUACCAAACUUCUGUGGCAGAGCCAUUGGCGUCCGCCGACGCCCGGUCAAUGCUGGCGACCAAAUCAAACACGAUCGCGACCGCUGUCGAGUACCCUGAGGAGCGAGUCUCCACCCCGACUACCGGUCACCGGAGUCGCAGCCGUGGGAGCAGCCUUUCUUUCCAUCAGACCGUCACCGACCAGUCCCCUCAGCGACACCGAUCGCCCAUGAAAUUAACCCCCGAUGGUCGCUUUACGCCCAGUCCGGAACCCGAGCCCGCCCUGUUUGUGCGGGCCAUGUACGACUACGAUGCCGACGAUCAUACCAGUCUCAGUUUCCGACGAGGGGACGUGAUCCAGGUUCUGAACCAGCUCGAGACCGGCUGGUGGGACGGCGUCAUCAACAACAGCGUGCGGGGCUGGUUCCCCAGUAACUAUUGUACCAUCAUCACCGACCUUAGCGAGUUGGAGGAGGAACAGGUUUCACACGGUCGCGAGGACGCCGACGCCAGCGCCGAUUCCGGUGCGGGCGAGGAGGAUUACGAUGAGGAGCGCGACGACGACGAGGUGGACUCGGCAGGAAAUCCGCGCGACUCCCAGCCAAUCUUGCCAAUUGAGGGCACGGGACCCCCCAACGAACAGGAGGAGGCCGCCUUUUGGAUCCCGCAAGCCACUCCCGACGGCCGUCUGUUCUACUUCAACACCCUUACGGGGUUUAGCACUAUGGAACUGCCGUUCGAAAACCCCUCCAAGACAGAGACCGGCCCCUACGAUCGGAAUCACUUCUACGUUCCAGACCAGACCCGACCUCCGCCGGAGAUGAUGGCUCGAGGAUUCGAGCGGGAUGAAGACGACUAUGAUGGUUCCGCGUCCGAGGCGGAAGGGGAGUCCCUGAUGCUUGCGUCGCACGACUCGAUGUCCCGCAGACGGCGGUCCUACAUUGAUGGAGUGUCCCCCGCAACCUCGAUGGAUUCCCUUCACCCGCCCAAGCCCAUCGAUGGCACCAACCGUCACACGCAACAGACUUAUGGCUCGAUGGCAGCCUCCAGCAGCACGACCUCGCUGUCGGACAAUUUCCACCGACCCUCCAUCUCGUCCGAAGCACCUUCUCAUUUCGUGGACGAUGGCGCCUCGAUCCCCCUGACGUGGCCACUGCUCGUCGAUAAUAUGCGCCAGGCAAUCGAAGUUUAUCGCCAGACGCUACUCCGCGGGGACCGUUCAGACUAUGUGAGGAAGGCGGAGGACAUUUCCGAUCACUUGCGGAUGCUUCUUGCCGCUGGGUCCGAUACCACGGACAAUCACUCUGGGAAUCCAUCGAUCAUCUCCACCAACAAAGCCUUGUACCCUCAUUUCAGGGACAUGAUGUCGAAAUUCUCCAAGUUGGUCCUGUCGUCGCAUAUUGCGGCCGCCGAUUGGCCGAGCCCCGACUCCGCCAACAAAUGCUUGCAGGAGGCCGACGGGGUCAUGCAGGGCGUCUAUGGCUAUGUUGAGGUAGCUCGGCAGCAGCGUGGCGACUCCAUCCGUCGGAUUGUGCCGGGUUUUGUGGUCGGGAGCUACUCCGGUGGCGGGUGGCAGAACAAUGCUGUCACUUUGCAUGAUUCCGGCCCGACAUCGUUCUUGGAUCAGGAUGCGAGUGAUGUGCGCGCGGAGCCCUCGGUAGUUCUGGACGCGGCUCUGCUGGAUCACAUUGAUAUCCUCCGCCGAUCGUUCGUAGGAAGCAUCCGCCGGCUCGAGGAACGUUUAACGCUCAACCAGAAGAAGAUCGUCACAGAGUCCGAACACCGUCAGAUUGGCGAUUCUGUCUCGGCUGCGGCCAUCAAGGUUGUUGAGCAGUUCCGCCCUUGGAUCUCGUCGGUUGAAUCAAUCAACCUGGCGCCGUUGGGCACUAGCUUCCAGAACCCCCAGUUGGUUGAUUUCAGCCUACAAAAACAACGUGCCUAUGAUGCGAUCGCCGAUUUUGUCUUGAGCUGUCAGGCUGUUACUGCGCCCCUGGGCGACGAGUGGGCUGAAUUGCGGGGUGAUUCUCUCGAAGAUCGCUUGAACGCCGUGCGGGGUGUCACCAGACAGCUGGAGAACUACGUUUCCCAGAUCGGCUUCUCGCUUUCCCUCCUUCUCGAACAGGUGCCUGACCCUACGACGGUGUUCCGAAGCGAGAGCCGGUUGGACGCAGAAAUCGACGGAUUCAAUAAGGGUAUGCACUCCCGCGGAGACUCGCGGGCUGGAGUUGCCGAUGAGUCCAUUGGCAUCCCGUCGUCGUAUGCCGUGGAGAAGCCGACCAAGGUGCGACGCAAUAUGGACAAGGCCCAGCGAUUCUUUGGACAAGCUCCCCCCGCUGCGAUUACCCGUGAACCCAUCCGGGAGCCCGUCCGGGAACCGGAGGAGACCCCAUGGUUCUUGAAGAUCGACCACGAAGGCGAGGUAUUUUACGAUACCAAGAACGACGUGCCUACGCUCAAAUGCGGAACUCUGGCCGGUCUGGUAGAGCAUCUGACCCGCCACGAUAAAUUGGAUGCCUCCUUUAACAAUACAUUCCUUCUCACCUAUCGUUCUUUCACCACCGCAUCCGAGCUCUUUGAGAUGCUGACUCAGCGAUUCAACAUCCAACCUCCGUUCGGUUUGAACCAGGAUGAAAUGCAGAUGUGGAUCGAUCGGAAGCAGAAGCCCAUUCGUUUCCGGGUUGUCAACAUCCUCAAGAGUUGGUUCGAGAACUUCUGGAUGGAACCAAACGAUGAUGCGCACAUCCAGCUUCUAGAGCGUGUGCAUGCCUUUACGAAGGAUUCCAUCGCCACGACCAAGACCCCUGGAUCGCCCCAGCUUCUGACCGUCAUUGAGCAACGUCUCCGCGGCCAGGAUACCACCGUGAAGCGGCUGGUCCCCACACAGGCAACUGCAGCGCCGACUCCCAUCAUCCCCAAGAACAUGAAGAAGCUGAAGUUCCUGGAUAUUGACCCGACGGAGUUUGCUCGUCAGCUCACCAUCAUCGAGUCCCGUCUGUACUCGAAGAUUCGGCCAACCGAGUGCCUCAACAAGACCUGGCAGAAGAAGGUUGGACCUGACGAGCCGGAGCCGGCGACUAACGUGAAGGCUUUGAUCCUCCACUCGAAUCAGUUGACCAACUGGGUGGCGGAGAUGAUUCUCAACCAGUCCGACGUGAAGAAGCGGGUGGUUGUGAUCAAACACUUUGUUAAUGUAGCGGACAAAUGUCGCGCGCUGAACAACUAUUCUACUCUGACAUCCAUCAUCUCUGCUCUGGGCACGGCGCCUAUCCACCGACUGGGUCGCACGUGGGGCCAAGUUAGUGGACGCACCUCUGCGAUCUUGGAGCAGAUGCGCCGACUGAUGGCGAGUACGAAGAACUUUGGCGAGUAUCGUGAGACCUUGCAUCUGGCCAAUCCGCCAUGCAUUCCUUUCUUCGGUGUAUAUCUUACGGAUUUGACCUUCAUUGAGGAUGGUAUCCCGUCCCUCACGCCAUCGGAACUCAUCAACUUCAACAAACGCGCCAAAACUGCCGAGGUGAUCCGGGACAUCCAGCAAUACCAAAACGUCCCUUACCUCCUGCAGCCGGUCCCCGAGCUGCAGGAUUACAUCCUCAGUAAUCUGCAGGCGGCAGGCGAUGUCCAUGACAUGUACGACCGGAGUCUGGAGGUGGAGCCGCGAGAACGGGAAGACGAAAAGAUUGCGAGUAUCAUCAUGUCUGCGAAAUAA